ACUGUAGGAAAUCCGUCGAGAGAAAUAAGCGUUCUCAAUGCAGAAAAAACUCUCGUGCGAGUUAUGUACAACGGUACAGUUAUUUGGCACCCAGGAGACGUUUUCAAAACCACGUGUUCCUUCGAUAUUUACAGAUACCCGUUUGACAAGCAAAUUUGUUACGUUAUAUUUACUCCUUGGUCAUACCUUGCAAACGAGGUUAGGUUACGUGCAGCAGACGAUAACAUCGAUACGUCAUUUUAUCAGGAGAAUGGACAAUGGGAGUUGCUAUCAUUGUCUUCAGAAGAGUACAUACAAAACGACGUGUCCUUUGUACAGUUGAACAUCAGGUUUCAUAGAAGAUCGAGAUAUUUCGUCGUGAACAUCAUCUUACCGAUCUUUAUGUUGGCAUUUCUGAAUUGCUUAGCAUUUGUGAUUCCAGUUGAAAGUGGCGAGCGAAUAUCGUAUACUGUUACAUUGCUGUUGUCAUUUGCCGUUUUUAUGACACUUGUUAGUGAUAAUGUACCAAAAACCUCAUCUCCAAUGUCCCUUCUUUGUUAUUUUCUCGCUGCAUUAUAUACAGGUAGCGUUUCCAUUAUGAUCGUGAUAAUGUUAAACAUGAGACUCUUUUACAGAAACUCUUCAAUUAAAAUGUCACCAGUAUAUGUUUGCAUUUACAGAUUGUGUUGCCGACGCAAAAAAAGAAGGCAGACGCGUGUCAAUAAAAUCAAGCCUGAUGGAAGUGUAUGUACAAGUGUAAAGACAAAUUCUGAAGACAGUGAGGCUAUAAAUGAUAUUUCUUGGCAAGAGUUGGCAGAAGCUUUAGAUAUUGUCGGGUUUAUACUAUCAUUGUUAUAUUAUAUAUCAAUAUCCAUCGCGGUAAACUUGAUGUAAUGAGCUCGUAGUACAACAUACUAUAUAUUGUUGUACAAUUUGAUUAAUAUCUGCUCCUAAUUCUUACACGACCCGCAUUUU